AUUCGUGUUCUAUUUAUUUUGGUAUACAAUAAACCUCAAUGAACCAUACGUUAUUUGAUCACAAGAAAUUAUAAUACGUGUAUUCUUGUAAGUGCUUGUGAAUUAGACCAAGGUAGAUUUUUGUUGAAAACUAACUCCCCCCUUCCCAUCUUCAAGACAAGGAUUAUCAAACUAGUACAAAAUCAAGACUCUCUCCGGGGGGAUAGUGUGUGUUAGGACAAUUCUCUUGGCACGUUUGAUAGUGUGGACUAGGUCAUAUUUAAGAAGAAAAAGGUCAAAUGGAAAUAAUAUUUGUACGUGUUGUAAUUUUUACAGCCCUCUCACAAAUAUGGGGCUCACGAUUAUUUUAAUCGUCAACUCCACCCUAUAUGUGAGAGGAUUAUCAACAAUAAUGUCAAAUGUGAUGUACUUGUAGCACUUCUCAAGGUUAAAAUCUUCCCCCAUUUCAACCUGCAAGUUGCUGACUGACAGGUGGCGUGGAUAGUAGGUUUGUAUGGUUGGGUUGGAAUGUUGACAUAUGUGUGUAACGAAGGAUUCAACUUUGGUGGGACCCGAAUUCAACGUUGACAAGGACUUUUCUGAAGGUAGCUUCUAGAGAGGUAGCAGUUGGCUGGGAUUCCAUUGGAGUGCUGUCUACAUACAACUCACCCAUGUUUAAAAAAAUAUCCAAAUAUGGGCAGCUGCUGCUGUCUGUCUUUAAUAUAUUAUUCCUAUAUUUUGCUAACGAGUCAAAAUUUCUCCUUCUUGCAGUAAGAAGUCGUCAUUAGUUGGAACAAAAUGGUGCCGUUUUGCCAAUAUCUCUAUAAAUAAUAUUAUAGCCGAAAAGUCAAAGUGUAAGAUUAAAGUUUCCAAGUUGAUAGAUUAGUUUUAAGUGGAGAAUAAUUUACGUUGGUUGCGUGCAUACUCGACUUCUAAAGAGAGAGAUUGAUGAUCUGUUAUACAUCUUUUCUCUAGCAAGAAAUUACAACAACAAUGCCCUUUCACGUAUUUAAGAAAUACUUCAAAAUUACUGAUUUUUUCCCAAUUCGUUCGAUUAAUUUUUGAAAACAUAUUAUCAGGACGAAAGAUAGGAUACGAUUAGCAAUGACUAGUUUGAAUGAUUUAACAUACAAUAACAAGUAAAAGAGGAUGAAAUAAUGAUUUUUGCACCAUACAAAAGAUGAACUAUUCAUAUAAAAUGUCUUCCUACAUAAACUGACGUCAUUAUGGACGGGACCCCUUGCUAUUAGUGAUUAAAUCUUAAUAUUCAUUUCCACACUAGUCUAGUAUUAACCAACUAAUCUAAAUUUAUUGCAAAUAUUAUUCCAACUCCAAUGUUUUUUUUUUUAAUUUUAUAAUAAGUUUAGAACAAAACAAAUAUCCUUUGAAAAGCAAGUUAAAUCCACCAGUGACCACAGUUCUUUAUACUUAGUGUUACCAUCCCUCUUCAAUUUGAUUUAGUUUCACCAUGAUCAAUCAAUUUAAUUUAACAUUUCAGUCAAGCUAUCGAUUAAAGAAUCGUCAUUAAUUUAACGAAAAAUAUUACGUGGACUAACAGUUUGCUAACAUGUCAAUUUAAUAUAUCCAGAUGUAUCCAAAUAAGUAAAUAACGGUAUUUUUUUUUUUUUUUGGGCCAAAUGGGUCUUAAUCACUUCUCUCCAUUUUCCCCCAAAAUUCUCUCCCCACGACAAUUUCUCUCUACUUUCAGCCCUAUCUCAAAAUACUUCUCACCAACAUUGAUUCGCAAAGUGAAGGAGGAGAGGAACCCACCAACAAGAGUUGUUUUAUCCUCUUUCUUCAGGGGUCUAAGAAUGACAGACAAUAGGGGAUCACUAUAUGGUCCAUACGAAGUAGCUCACAACCAAUAUGAACCUAAUGACGGAACUUUGGACGACUUAGAAUAUGAACCUGAAGAUGGUGAAGCAAACCAUGAUGAAACUGCAUCAAUUGCUGAAACUUUUCAUGAUCCAGAUUACGACCUUGAAGACGGUGGUGAUGAUUUGUUUAUAAAAAAUGUACAUGAAGUCGUGGGGGAAGAAACAUUACCGAGCAAUAUUGGAGGCAGUGAUAUUAUGCAUUCAAAUGAAGAGGAAUAUUGUGAUUCAGAAGAAGGUGAAGGAAUGCAGCAUCCAGAAUUCAUUGCUGAGAAGGAUAUGAAAAAUUCACAAUUCGUUACUGGUGAGAAGGAUUUUGUGGUAGUGUUGAAAGAGGAGAGAAUUCUUUAA